AUGGACCCAGACUCUCUGUCCGCGUGUCGUGACAGUAACCGGCUGUCCUCGUCCUUCGGCAGACAAGGAUGGCCCCGACAGUCUCCGUCCUAUGCGUCUCCAGCGGGUGAUGCAGGCCCCUCACACCACGCCACCUGGCGGCUGUACGAGUCAACUGUAGAUGAGCCGGAUAGAACAACCCGUGUAUCGGGCCCGUGCCAAAUGAACGGAGACUCAAGACCUUCAUCCCGAAGAGACGGACUCGUUAAUCUUCUUCCUGAACGGACUCACACUACACCAUCCCAGCCAGUACUGGUCAGAUCGUAUUCUGGCAAUGCCGAAGCUACGACAGUCAAGCCGUCGCCCAUGUCUCCGCGCCGCCUCUUUCCAUUCUCCGGCUCCAAGAGCUCGGUUCCCCCCUGUCCCUCGGAUCCGCCGCCCCCGUCGGACAAGGAUUUCAGUAUUGAAAGCAUACUGCAGGCCAUCGAGCCCGAUAUACAGGGGACCUUGGAUUCGAUUGCCGAGAUCUGCGGACGAAGCAAGCUGAGUCUCGCCAAUGAAUAUGGCAGCCAUAUUGCGCCGCUCGGAGAGAUUCGCGCUUCUGCAAGCGGCUUGGUGCCUGUCGAAGAGGCUAGCCAGAGUGACGAACGAAGUGCCGACGAGGGUGUAGUUAUAUUUGAUGAUGACCCUGGCCUGGUAGAACCUGGCCGUGAUAUGCACCCGUUCUCCUUCUAUCGGUACCUGGAGAAUCUUCGCCAGGCCGCGUCGACGUUGGAACGCAACGGUGCGACGGGCUCGGUCUCAUCAGCGCACCCCAAUGCUUCAUCAUCCGCUACUGUGGCCGCUUACAUGAAUGCACCGGAGUUGGACGUUGCCCCCUUGCCGGCUUCUCGAGAGUUUGUCUCGAGACCAAAGAACACUGGUCGGAAUCUUCUGGCGAAGAACAAUACCUCUGGCCUAGAAGAUCACUCUUCUCCAGAUAUUUUCACCCCAGCCGUUGUUUCCGAGGUUCGUCUUGAUGCCCAGGCUGGUGGGAGAAAUGCAGACACUCACCCAUCUGUUCUAUCGAUGGAUCCCUACGAGUCUUCUGGUAAUCGAGCGCCAGAGAUAGUUCGCUCUCUCAUUAGCUGGCUGAGAUGGACUGCGCGAGUCGCUGGACCGGAGUCUCACCCUGCUUUGCAGUCAGCGGAGGGCCGACUACGAGCGAUGCUGGAACCCUCCGUCCAGGACGGAUUCUCCCCGCAAUCUGUUUGA